GCAUCCGCGAGCGCAGCUUUAAAAGCGCAGCUUACCGGAGGGCAGCGCAUCAUUUAUCGUUGCUGUUUUAUGGCGACAACGUGGCUCAGCCCAGCAGCCGUCCGUCCCCGUCUCCGUCUCCGCCUCCGUCUAGUCUCCAACCGUUCGUUUAUCGUCUCGCGUCGCGUCUAAAUUACACCUGUCCGCAAAUCAGUGCAAAAAGUGAAAUAUUUUUACAGUUCGUUUUGUGUGUACUUUCGAUAAAAUUCCAAAGCAGUUUGGAAUUUGUGGCAAUUGUUCUUGUCCCUUUUUUCGUCAACUAUGUGCUUGGGGAGCAAUUAAAGGGCAAGGAACUGCGACUUAAAACAGAGCGAAGCCAUAAUGAGCGGGGAUAACGGUAAAAGCGGCCAACUCCAGGAGGAGUCGAAAGAAGUGGAGGCAAAGAAUGCGGCCCCCCUCCCGUACCCCAAGUCGGUGGGCUUCAUCAUCAGCAAUGAGUUCUGCGAGCGCUUCAACUACUACGGGAUGCGCACCAUCCUCGUGCUCUACCUCACCAACAAGCUGGGCUACAACGAGGAGACCUCCACGGUGCUGUUCCACAUCUUCACCAUGCUGGUCUACAUCUUCCCCCUGAUAGGAGCCCUCAUCGCCGACGGCUGGCUGGGCAAGUACAAGACCAUCCUCUACCUGUCGCUCGUCUACAGCCUGGGCGCCAUGGUGGUGUCCUUUGGCGCCAUUCCCCUGCCCGGGAUGCCCACCAACUCUGUUACCAUUGUGGGUCUUCUGCUGAUCGCCAUGGGCACGGGCGGCAUCAAGCCCUGCGUCUCGGCCUUCGGCGGCGACCAGUUCUCGCUGCCCGCCCAGAGCCUCCAGCUGGCCAAGUUCUUCUCGCUGUUCUACUUCGCCAUCAACGCCGGAUCGAUGAUCUCCACGACGGUGACCCCCAUCCUGCGGGCGGACAUCCACUGCUUCGGCGAGCAGGACUGCUUCUCGCUGGCCUUCGGGGUGCCCGCCAUCCUCAUGAUCGUCUCGGUGCUGAUCUUCGUAGCCGGGAGGCGCCUUUACCGCUGCCAGCCCCCGGCGGGCAACAUGAUCUUCGGCGUCUCCAAGUGCAUCGCCGACUCCUUCCGGGGCUGGUGCAAGCGCCGCAACUCCGAGCCAGAGGCGAACUUCCUGGACUACGCCAAGCCGACAGUGGGCUCCAAGCUGGUGGAGGAGACCAAGUGCCUGGCCCGGAUCCUGCGGCUCUACCUCCCCUUCCCCGUGUUCUGGGCCCUGUUCGACCAGCAGGGCUCGCGCUGGACCUUCCAGGCCACCCGGAUGGACGGCAAGGUGCUGGGCUACCACAUCAAGCCCGACCAGAUGCAGGUGGUCAACCCGCUGCUGAUCCUGGCCUUCAUUCCGCUCUUCGACUACAUAGUCUACCCGAUGCUCCGCGUGGUCGGCAUCCGGCGACCGCUGCAGAAGCUCACCAUCGGCCUGCUGCUGGCCGCCCUGGGCUUCUUCUUCUCCGCCGCCCUGGAGAUGAAGAUGGAGCAGGCGGCCUUCGCCACUGCCCCUGUGGAGCGGGACAUCGGCCACCUGCGGCUCUACAACGGGAUGCCCUGCAAGUACGAGUUCACCUCCGGCCUGGGGGCGUCGCCGGAGCAGCUGCCGCGAGCGAUCGAGCCUCUGGGCAUGUGGGCGGACCUCUCGCUGUUCGUGCCGGAGUCCAAGGAGUACGAGUUCAAGGCCCAGGCCCCCUCUGGAAAGUGCCCCGAGAUCACUGGCAACUUGCGGCUGCGCCCUGGCAAGUCUGUUAGCUACUUCCUGGCCGGAGACAAGCUCCUGGAGUUCGCCGACGGCCUGGAGCUGCCUCCGAGUGCCAGCAGCCCGCCCAUGGUGAGGGCGCUGCUCAACACGCCCGCCGACGAGGGUUCUGUGCUCCUGAAGGCAUCGGCCUCGUCCCUGGAGCCCCUCGUCAUGAUCAACAGGAACCUGUCGCAGCUGUACAAGAUCAGCCCCGGCUACGGCGAGGUGGUGAUCAACGGCCACAAGGCGGCCAGCUUCGAGACCAAGGAGGGCGGCCUCUACAGCCUGGUGGUCGGAGGCAACGCCAAGGAGGGCUACCAAUAUAACCUACUCGAGGUGGUGGCGCCCAGCGCCGUGUCCAUCUUGUGGCAGCUGCCCCAGAUUGUGGUCAUGACGGCGGCGGAGAUCAUGUUCUCGGUGACCGGACUGGAGUUCUCCUUCACCCAGGCGCCGCCCAGCAUGAAGAGCGUCCUGCAGGCCUGCUGGCUGCUCUCGGUGGCCAUCGGCAACAUGAUCGUGGUGGUCAUCGCCGAGUUCAAGUUCACCAGCUCGCAGUCCGGCGAGUUCGCCCUCUUCGCCUGCCUCAUGCUGGUGGACAUGAUGAUCUUCCUGUGGCUGGCCCGCAGCUACCAGUACAAGAAUCUCUGCGAGGAAUCCGAUGAGCACUCCAACUGCGGGCCGUCGUCACCUUCCAAGCCCCGGCCCGCGGUCCGGGAAACAGAAUCGCCGGGUUCUAGGGUAUCCGGAUCUUCGAGAUCAUCUAGAGGAAAGCCGCUGCCACGCCUUCCCAGCGGCAUGGACGCGGAACCGGGAUACGGAGCCUAUCGCAACCACGCCUACGACAACGACUUCUCCGAGGCCUGAUUGUGAGCCGCGCCCGCAUCCGUACUUACGCCCCACGAGCAUCGAGCCUCCUCCAAUCCCCGCGUCCGCCCCUACUUGCAUUUAGUCUUAAGCGCCCCUGUAUUUAUUUUAUUUUUGUUCGCAUUUACUUGUAUAUCUCCGAUUAUGUUCGUCUAUGCGGUUGCUUUUUUAUCAAAUUGUUUGUAAAUACUUUUUAUACUCCGAUCCGAGCCAGCCACUCGGUUUUGAUACUAAUAUAUCUCGAAUAUUGUUUACAUAA